CGGGGGAGCCGCCGCCUGAGCCCCGGGGCCUGCCGCCUCGGACCCCGCGGCGCCGAGAGCGAGCUCAGCGAGCGCUGAGUGUGCGGAGAGACUGGGGUCACGGCUUUCUUCCUCCCCCUAGAUCUCACGCACACACCCCGGCCCCGGAAGAUGGGGAACUGCCUCAAAUCCCCGACCUCGGAUGACAUCUCCCUGCUUCACGAGUCUCAGUCCGACCGGGCUAGCUUUGGCGAGGGGACGGAGCCAGAUCAGGAGCCGCCGCCGCCAUAUCAGGAACAAGUUCCCGUUCCCGUCUAUCAUCCAACACCUAGCCAGACUCGGCUAGCAACUCAGCUGACUGAAGAGGAACAAAUUAGAAUAGCUCAGAGAAUAGGCCUUAUACAGCAUCUGCCUAAAGGAGUUUACGACCCUGGAAGAGAUGGAUCAGAAAAAAAGAUCCGAGAGUGUGUGAUCUGUAUGAUGGACUUUGUUUAUGGGGACCCAAUCCGAUUUCUGCCGUGCAUGCACAUCUAUCAUCUGGACUGUAUAGAUGACUGGCUGAUGAGAUCCUUCACGUGCCCCUCCUGCAUGGAGCCAGUUGAUGCAGCUCUGCUCUCAUCCUAUGAGACUAACUGAGCCAGGGUCUCUGUCGGACUUCAAGUGAACCAUCAUUUUUGGUGGUUCUGAUCUUUUGUCACUGAGCCCAAAGAGCCAGGGAUUAGGAAUUAAGAUCAUGCACAAAAGUUUCCUAAAAAUUCCUGGAUGGCUGCAGAUGUUGAGGAAAGUAUGUGAUAUUUUAGAAACUUACGGGAAAGUAGGAUGGAUGGUAUUUUUAUGUAAAGCCUUGACCCAGUGUUUAAAAUAUAAUUGUUAUUAGACCUUGUUCUUGCUCCAGUACAUAGGAAUUGUGUAAAGUGUUACAGCAACUGUACAUGUUUAAAUUGUGUGUAUUGAAGAUUAGGAAAAAGAUAGUUGUUAUUUUUCUUCCUAAAUGAGAUAAGUUUCUUCUCCCUUCCACCCAAAUUCUUUUCUGAAAAGUUACUGGCAUUUGGGUCAAGGUUUUAUUAAAAGCUACAUUUUAUAACACUGGCACAAAAAAGUAGUUUUAAGCUUGUUUGCACAGUUCUUUUUUUCCAUUGGAAAUGGAAUUCAUUGCCUUAGGUCUUUUUAAAUAGUGUAUUAUUAUCGUUGGGGCUGGCUCUAUGCUUGAAAACCAGUUUAUUUAUAACCUGUUGUAAGUGCUAUAUUCUGUUUGCAGUUAGGAAAUGCAGAAUUCAAAGUGAUCUCCUAGCUUGUAAGCAAACUGAGAUGCACUAUCCCUUUUCUAUUAAAAAUGAGUUGAUGUGUCAGGAAACCAACACUAGCAAAGUGGAUUUGAUAUCCCCUUCCUUGUGUGUCUUAUCUUAUUGUUUUGGUUGUUAAUAUGGUGAUAAUUGAAAGUCAAGUUGAAAUUUAAAUAUUAAUAUUUCUGAUUUAUUGACCUUUGAACUAUGCCACCAUGCUUAUGUAAAAAUGAAGGUGGCACCAUGGUGAAACUUAACAAGAAGUAGUUUUCAGCUGUAACAGUUUUGAUUCUCUUUCCUGUGACCUCUUUCCCCGCUGUCUGGAACCAUAGCAAAAGGAUACUGCAUCUCUUGUUACUGUAGUGCUGAGGUUAUUGAAGUUACAGAAACACAUCUAGUCUGUUUCUUAGGAAGGUGUCCGUUAAGUCUUGCUGGGUGACUGACAAGAAAGGUAAAUGUGUUUCAUGUUUCGCACACCAAUGCAGCAGGAUUUGUAUAACCAUAUGACUUCAUAGUUGUGAUCUCAAAGGAACUUCUCCUUUCCUUUUUCUUGCAAUUAAUGUAAGAAUACUCUAAGUCUCUAAACUUCUGAAGUGUUAGAGGUAGAGAUGGUCUAGUAAAGAUGUAAUGUUUUAUCCAUUUA